AUUGUAUUAUUGUACAUAAAAUCACACUUUUAUUAGCAAUAAUAAUACUUUUUAUCAUUGUUUUAUUUUUAUUCUGAAUGAAAACGUAAUAUGACGUAUUUCCGGGGAAACAAGCCUCAGAACAUCCGGUCGGGCCGUGUUUCAUAUCCAGGGGUAUAGGUUGCUUGACCCUGCAAACUCGUUAAUCACGUGACUCUCACCAUACUAGUAAUACAUGUCACGUGAGCAGAAACUGGGUCAAGCAACCUGCAAAGCACUGUAGUAUCUAUGAUCUAUGUUUGAACCGCGUCAAUUAUAACGUAAUGCGUUAAAACAUAGAUAAUGGUUAAAAUGACGCGACUCAGGCCAACCAGCAUUACUGUACUGAUUUGUUCUAUAGACUUCUAGUCACUGGCUGCAACUAUAAUUGUUUUAGAAUCUUGAUUUAAAACAUGAGACUGGACCAAGGAAGAUUUAGAUAUAUCAUUCUCUGUUCUUUGCGGAUCAUUCUUAUAACUGGAACUGUGACCGCCAUAGCGGUCAGUAUGUAUGUUGGAACCCUGUUAGGCUCGCGUAGCCAGGGAGUCUGGCCACGCGAGACUAGAGCCUUAUCUCUUUGUAAAAUUGAAGAUCUGCAGAUCUAUCAUCCGCAUACCAACACAAGACGUGUCCCACCUAGCACUAAAGUAACAGUAAAGUGCUUCACUAGUCACUGCGAGCAUGUACAUAUAAAUGUCAAACAAUCAGAGAGAGAGCUUAACUGUACUCCCAUAGACCGAAAUGGCAUACGGACUUGCAACAUCACUAUCAUGGAGCCUGUUGAACUUAUAUGUGUUGGUGUACACGAUGAUGAGUGUGAGUGCAAAUCAUCUAGAAGUAUACUGAUUGAAAUUGAAAAUUCAACGGCUAAUGCAGAGCAUCCAACUGAAAAAUUGCCUUGUAACUGUUCCACUACAAGCUGCGAAGGCAACCGUACAAGUAUUGGUUCUGCAGUAUUGAAUCAAGCAAAUGUUUCACUAACUAUAAUGGCAAUACUUAUUAGCUUAAUAGUAUUAUUCUAG